AUGGCUCCAAUCAGAGUGACAGAAUAUAAUUUUGAGCAACGCCACCAAUUAAGGAUGGUGAUGAUCUCAAAGGCAAUAAAAUCAAUUGCAUUCAAGAAACAACAGAUAACUAAAGAAUUCAAAAAGGGCGAUGAAGUUGAAGUGGCAAGUCAAGAAUAUGGCUUCAUAGGUUCUUACUACAAAGCAACUAUUGUUUCUUCCACUGGCCUUUAUCAUUACAGAGUCAACUACAAUACUCUCUUGACUGAUGAUAAAUCCGCACCACUGGAGGAGGUUGUCACUGCAGCUGAGGUCCGCCCUGUGCCACCUGAUCAACAUGAAAUAAUAUCAGAAAACUACUUCCGUCUGUAUGAUAUGGUUGAUGUGUAUGCGAACGAUGGAUGGUGGUUUGGAUUCAUCAGUGGAAAAGUUGGACAAGAGUACUAUGUCUACUUCCCUACAACCGGAGAUAACAUUGCAUAUCCAUCUGAUGUGCUGAGAUUUCAUCAAGAAUGGUCUAAUGCAAUGCAACUUAUUAAUCGUUCUCUUUAUGGCAAUUCAAGUUUAGCUGCAAAAUUAAUUGGCACUUCCAUACUUAAAGGACCUAAUCAUAGAGUUAUAGUAUUUGCAGAACAUCCAGAUAUAAGUGUUAAUCAUGAUGAACGAUCAUCUACACCAGCAGGGCGCUCGAACAAGCCAUGGAUGGCUGUUAUUCACGCUCUGAAAAUAAUUCAGGCGAUAAUCUCAAAGGCGAUAAAAUCAAUAGCGUUCAAGAAACAACAGAUAACUAGAGAAUUCCGAAAGGGCGAUGAAGUUGAAGUGGCAAGUCAAGAAUAUGGAUUCAUAGGUUCUUACUACAAAGCAACUAUUGUUUCUUCCACUGGCCUUUAUCAUUACAGAGUCAACUACAAUACUCUCUUGACUGAUGACGAGUCUGCGCCGCUGGAGGAUGUUGUCACUGCAGCCGAGGUUCGCCCUGUGCCACCUGAUCAACGUGAAAUAAUGGCUGAAAACAACUUCCGUCUGUACGAUAUGGUUGAUGUGUUUGCCAACGAUGGAUGGUGGUUUGGAUUUAUCAGUGGAAAAGUUGGACAAGAGUACUAUGUCUACUUCCCUACAACUGGAGAUAACAUUGCUUAUCCUUCUCAAGUGCUGCGAUUUCAUCAAGAAUGGUCUAAUGGCAAGUGGAUUUUUCUUCCAAGACAAGGAAGGAUUUUCGACUUGCACUGAUCUUGAUUCCAAGAAAUUCUUGAUUUACUGUUAUGUGGUAUGAAUGUACGUACUUAAUCAUUCUCGUUAUGUCGUACUGAAAAAAAAAAUCAGGUUUAGUCGCAAAAUUUCUGUAUGUUUUGAUAAAGAUUUGACAUGUUGUGUCAAGGAUCUAUUGAGGAAUGUGAAAUGUUUAUACUUUUAUAUUGAGAAACAAGAAUAUAUACUAUUUGUUACUGUUUUA